CUCCUUUGAAAUUCAGACUUUGUUCCGUAUGCAACAGGUGGCUCCGUGGCGCAAUGGAUAGCGCAUUGGACUUCUAGUCAAGCACUUGAGCAGUGAUUCAAAGGUUGUGGGUUCGAGUCCCACCGGAGUCGCAUUUUUUUUCCCGUUAGAUUUGCAAACAUGUUUUUUUUUUUUCCAAGUCCAGCUAGUUUGUUCAAUCAGCUACCUACUUUAAACUGAACAGCGAAACAACUUUGAUAAACUACAACCUUAACAGAUAGAUAUUAUAAAAAAGCAUAUAUUCCUUUGAACCACUAGAUGGAGCCCUUGUGCAGUGAGUCAAUCGUCUGGCAUCAGUGAAGCUUCAGCUGUAACUAUUCAUUCCCAACAUAAAGAGAGGAGGAAGCAAACAGGCAGAUUCAAACGGGAACUGAGAGUUGGAGCAGCUGGAAGUUUUAAGUUCAUCGGAUCAUGGAGGCGCUGAGAACAUCUGUAGCCUUUCUGCUGUACUUGGCUUCCUCUGCAGCGGGACCGUUACGAUGUGAGAAGAAGGUUCUCCGUCUGGAAGCGGAGAUCCAGGGCCUGAUGAGUGUGAUCAACGACCAGCACCGCUACAUCCAGGAGCUCCAGAGCAGCCAGGCGCAGCAGCUGCAGCACAUCCCCAACAUGUUCCUGGGCCACAGCAACCUUUACAAAGACUGCUCAGAGGUGUUUGCAGACGGGAACGUGGCCAGCGGUCUGUACGUCAUCCGUCCAGAUGGUUCACCCACGGCGCUCAGCGUCUACUGCGAUAUGAGCAACGGAGGAGGAUGGACCGUCUUCCAGAGGAGGAGGGACGGGAAGGAGAGCUUUGACAGGACGUGGUUGGAGUAUAGCCACGGCUUUGGAGAUCUCUUCUCCCCUGAAGGAGAAUUCUGGUUGGGAAACGAUCCUCUGCACCGCCUCACCUCACAAGGAACCUACGAUCUGCACAUCGACACUGAGGACUUUGACGGCAACCACCGCUUUGCAGAAUACAAGAACUUCCGAGUGGACGACGAGAAGGACCAGUACCAGUUGCACGUGGGAGACUACGUUGGGAACGCUGGAGACGCUCUGGCUGAUGCUCGCAGCCUGAACCUCAACAGUCCCUGCAAAGGAGGGAUCAAAUUCAGCACCUACGACCAUCCCAACUACAUCGACAGCGACAGCGGCCGCUGCAUGCGGCACAGCAAGUCAGGCUGGUGGUUCUGCAAGUGUGACUCAGGGAACCUGAAGGGGCAAGGCUUCAAAGGGCCUUUCGAGGCGAUGAGCGACGACGGCAUGGAGUGGUACGUUUGGCACGGCUGGAGCUACGCCAUCAAGUCGGUGGUGAUGAUGGUGCGGGCCGCCGACCUGGAGAACCCGCCAGCUGUUAUCGAGCGUUGGCCUGAUCAGUUUCGCCCAAACACGGUGGAGGGCGGCCCGUAGGGCGGAGGACGGGCUUCUUCCUGUUUGUAAUAAAAACCAGCCUGCUUCACAGCA